UGUGGAUGGUUAUAUUGUUUGAUGACUCUGCUUUCGUCAUAGUUUCAAUUUGUUGAGUAAUUCGAGUACUAUUUUUAGUUCUGGAAACCAUCAUUUGAUCCUGUCCAUUUGAAGUUUGAGGUGGUGCUUGUAUUUGUUUUGAAUGAUUUUUUGAAUAAGUUUGAAAGCUUGGAUCUUUUGGGGAUGUAUCAGGUGAUUCAAAUAAUUUAUCGUUCUCUCAUGGAUAGAAAAUGGCUCUGAUCCAUAACUUUGGCUCCUUGAUCCAAGUCUCCUGUACUAUUUAUGGGUAUAUUUGUUUGAGGAAAAGGGUUUAGUUAUCGGGUUCCAUCCUUUGUUUCAUGGGCAAUUCAUGCCGGGGUUCUUUUAGAAACACAGUCAUUCAGGGCUAUAAAGAGCCCACGGAUCGAUCGGGGAGGACUAACGGUUCGGUAGAUGGUCGAUCCAACUCUGAUUACUCACCCCAUAGCUUAAAUUCUCAAGUUAUCGCCGAGGAAUUUGCGAAAGACAAUUCAAAAAGAGGGAACCCGGGCUCUAACAAUAUCUUUGACCUUUCUACUAAAGAUAACAUUAUGAGGCGAGGAGGUGAGAACCAAACUUACUAUGUUUUAGGCCAUAAGACUGAGAAUAUAAGGGAUCUUUACACAUUAGGGAGGAAAUUGGGUCAGGGUCAAUUUGGGACAACUUAUUUGUGCACUGAAAUUGCUACUGGUAAGGAGUAUGCCUCCAAAUCUAUUUCUAAGAGGAAGCUAAUCUCUAAAGAAGAUGUGGAGGAUGUGAGGAGAGAGAUUCAAAUUAUGCACCACCUUUCGGGUCAUAAGAAUGUGGUUACAAUAAAAGGGGCUUAUGAAGACUCGUUAUUUGUUCAUAUAGUGAUGGAAUUAUGCUCGGGUGGUGAGCUUUUUGAUAGGAUAAUUCAGAGGGGGCACUAUAGUGAGAGAAAGGCAGCGGAGUUGACAAAAAUCAUAGUGGGAGUAGUCGAGGCUUGCCACUCGCUUGGUGUCAUGCACAGGGAUUUGAAACCUGAGAACUUUUUGCUUGUCAACAAGGAUGAUGACUCUUCUCUCAAAGCCAUUGAUUUUGGGCUCUCUGUCUUCUUCAAGCCAGGCCAAGUUUUCACCGACGUGGUUGGGAGUCCGUACUAUGUCGCACCUGAGGUAUUGUGCAAACACUAUGGACCUGAGGCCGAUGUAUGGACAGCUGGGGUUAUACUGUAUAUAUUGCUAAGUGGGGUGCCCCCAUUUUGGGCAGAAACACAGCAAGGGAUUUUCGAUGCAGUAUUAAAAGGAGUCAUUGAUUUCGAGACAGAUCCAUGGCCUGUUAUCUCAGAUAGUGCCAAGGAUCUCAUUAAGAAGAUGCUUUGUUGGCGUCCUUCAGAACGUUUGACUGCCCAUGAAGUGCUAUGUCAUCCUUGGAUAUGUGAAAAUGGAGUGGCUCCUGACAGACCAUUGGAUCCAGCUGUGCUAUCCCGUCUUAAACAAUUUUCCGCAAUGAAUAAGUUGAAGAAGAUGGCUUUACGAGUGAUAGCUGAAAGCUUGUCGGAGGAGGAAAUUGCUGGGUUAAGAGAGAUGUUUACGGCAAUGGAUACUGAUAAUAGUGGUGCCAUCACAUUUGAUGAACUUAAAGCUGGUCUGAAAAGAUACGGGUCCAACUUGAAGGAGUCAGAAAUUCGUGAUCUUAUGGAUGCGGCUGAUGUGGACAAUAGUGGCACUAUUGAUUAUGGAGAGUUCGUUGCUGCAACUGUUCAUUUGAAUAAGCUGGAGCGUGAAGAGCACUUGGUAGCUGCCUUUUCAUACUUUGACAAGGAUGGCAGUGGUUACAUAACAGUCGAUGAACUCCAGCACGCGUGUUCUGAACAUAAUAUCAGUGAUGUUCCCAUUGAAGAUAUCAUCCGUGAAGUCGACCAAGACAAUGAUGGACGAAUAGAUUACAAUGAGUUUGUGGCCAUGAUGCUAAAGGGCAAUGGGGGCCUUGGAAGACGAACUAUGCGCAACAGCCUUAAUGUGAGCAUGCGAGAUGCACCUGGUGCUCAUUGAUCUCUUGUCCCUCAUGCAUCCCUUGUAUAGGUUGUACAGGAAGGCACGAACUGGAACACAUAGCGACCGGUGGCAUCUAUCAAAUUGGCCUUUUGAGACCGAUUUAAUGACUUUUUGGGACUCCCUUACUCUUGCCAUUUCAGCCAUCUACAAAACAGGAAUGAGUGUAGAGAGUGGCUCUACACAUGCAUUUGCUCUUCCCAUUGAUCAUCACCACCCAAGCUAGAGAGAUAAAGGAAAAUAAGUAUUUGAAAACUUUUCAUCAGUUUGAGGCCUUUAAAUUAUGUGCUUUCUGACUCUUCUUUACUUUUUGUUUCUUCAUUCUUCAUGUUCCCUGUUUUGGUUGUUUAUUAUUUAAGUUAAUGAAGGCUUGCGCUCUGUACCUGUUUUUUUGCCUGAAUUUGGUUGAGUUUGUGCACUUUUGGGUUGCUAUUUUGCUGGCUCAUUAAUGUUGUAAUUCGGCCAGUUAAUUGACGCAAGAGUACUAUAAUUAACAGCUUAAAACACUUUUUGGUUA